UCCGACCUCUCCUUGGGUGAAGGUUCAUUGCAGAGACAGUGUAGCCUUUUCUGCGAGUUGUAGUUUAUCGCCUCAGCUACGAUGUCUGGCCGUGUUCUCGUCGGAGUCAAACGUGUCAUUGACUACGCAGUUAAGAUCCGCGUGAAGCCGGACAACAGUGGCGUGGUGACGGAUGGCGUUAAACACUCAAUGAACCCCUUCUGCGAGAUCGCCGUGGAGGAGGCGGUCAAGCUGAAGGAGAAAAAGCUCAUUAAGGAGGUUGUGGCUGUCAGCUGCGGGCCGCAGCAGGCACAGGAGACCAUCCGCACUGCCCUGGCUAUGGGAGCUGACCGGGGCAUUCAUGUGGAAGUGUCGGGAAAAGACUAUGAGACUCUGGGACCGCUGCAGGUCUCUAAGAUCUUUGCUGCUUUGGCCAAAAAAGAGGAGGCUCAGCUCGUCAUCCUCGGAAAACAGGCCAUCGAUGAUGACUGCAAUCAGACGGGCCAGAUGACGGCAGCUCUCCUCGACUGGCCCCAGGGUACCUUCGCCUCAGAGGUGUCACUGGAGGGAGACAAGAUUAAGGUUGUGAGAGAAAUUGACGGCGGCCUGGAAACUAUUAAGAUCAGCACACCGGCAGUCGUGACCGCUGACCUUCGGCUCAACACCCCCAGAUAUGCCACCCUGCCCAACAUCAUGAAAGCCAAAAAGAAGAAGAUCGCUAAUGUGAAGCCAGCCGACUUGGGCGUGGAUCUCACGUCACGCGUGGAGGUGUUGAGAGUGGACGAGCCCCCGCAGAGGCAGGCCGGAGUGAAGGUGGAGACGGUGGAGGACCUGGUGGGCAAACUAAAGGAGGCUGGGAGGGUAUAGAGGCUCCAGGGACCUGAGCAGGGAGCACAGAGUCUGACAGAGGGGACUCUAAUAAAUAACAGAGCCGCGUCUGAUGAGCACACCCGGAGGAGCAGCUUAUGCGUUUUGGUCUAAUCCCUCUGUCUGAGACUGCAGCUCCCCACGGUGUGCAGAGAGGUACCGACGGGAGGAGCACCGAGAAACACCGUCCUGCAGACACACAACUCCCACACCACCAUCUCCGUCUUGGCAUUUUAACUUACUUGGACCGAAUCGCGUGUUUCACAGAAUCCCCGUAAAAACUCCACAUGAGCGGUUUUCAUAUCCGACGUCCCCACAUGUGAAGAGGUGCAGGUUUUGUAAAUGAUAUUUGUAAAUAUGGACCCAAACAUGUGAUCGAGAUGAUUAUAUCCUUCCAGAUAACAUGUCAUGAUUUACUGCUAACCUGUGUAGUUAUUGGGGAAGUUCCCAUGGUUCAGGACUGACUGGACGGUGUUUCUCAGUACGAGUGGAAAGCAUUAUCAUCAAUCUGUAUUUUACCGUAAGCGCCUCAAUUCUCUGUUGAUUGUACAGCCGGAAACCGUGACAAUAAAGCAAGCCAGUCUUUUUCAUACCGAAAAA